AUGGAAAAUCAGCCUGCAUCUCCAGCCGCACAGCAAGGUCAGAGACCACGAAAAGUUCGGACGCGAAUAAGCACCGCCUGCACAAGGUGCCAGAAACGGAAGAUCCGAUGUGAUGCUUUGCUACCAGCUUGCAGUGCCUGUAAGCGAGCAGGGGUGCCAUGUAUCGGCGGAGGGGCGUCCCGUGAUUACGUUGCCGAUCUAGAGGCUCGAAUCAAAUGGCUCGAGGCUAUUGUUCAAGAGCACGUACCUAGCAUCGACUUGACUGCUGGACCAGGUCAUUCGCCUAACCUUGACGGGGGCGUUCCAUAUGGAGACUGGAACCAACUCCAGCGCACACAGCAAAGCCGCGAGCCCAGAGAUGUUGAAUCUCCCAGCGAGAUAAAUGAUCAAAUUGGACUGGUCUCCAUCACCACUGGAACAGAUCUGCGCUACCUGGGUCCGUCGAGUGGGCUAUUUUUCACCAAGUUCGUCCUGGCUGGGCUUGGAAGGCGACUUCAUGUCGAUAACAACAGCACCCCAGGUGUCAAAGCGGACAGUUUGGCCGUCCCGCCUGAUCUCUUGGUUCCUCAGCCGAAAGAGCUGCCUUCCGAUCACAGGCAUGCGCGAUGGCUCUCCCAGGCUUACUUCGACAUUGUUCACCUUCAAUUUCCCAUUUUACACGAGCCUUGGUAUUGGGAAACUGUUAAAAAGGUCUACGCCGACACUGAGGUCACCGCGGUGGACGAGUUCCAGGUUUUGAUGGUUAUCGCAAUAGGUGCAUCCCUACUCUCGCGCCGGACCAAGGUCAUGUUAUCAGCCGAGGGCUACUUCGCGUCUGCCAUGAAACUAGUGGAUAAAGUAAUGAAAACUUCGUCAGUUGGUGUCGCGCAAUGCAUCUUGCUUCUUCAGAUGUAUGCUCUCAACAACCCAACAUCAGGAUUAAGUCUCUGGACUCUUCAUCACCAUGGACUGGCACUGGCAAUCGAGCUAGGUCUGCACCGAAAUAUGCCGGCGAGUAAGUUCACGCUCUUGGAAAGAGAGGUCCGCCGCCGUAUCUUUUGGUGCACCUAUACAAUUGAUCGGCUCUUGAGCACCCUGAUGGGACGACCGAUGGGUGUAGUGGAUGAGCAGUGCGAACUCAAUGUAAUAAAUCACCACGAACCACUUACUAAGAUGACCAGCGCCGUUCAUCUCUUCAAACUUGCCCGCUUUAAUAGCGAAAUCAAAUGUGUCCUGUACUGCGUCGAUCGACAAUAUCCCCCAUACACACAGCCGGCUAUCACUGACGCCGAGAGCUGGAAAGUCGACAUUCUGAUCCGCUUGCGACAAUGGAGAGAAGCGAUCCCGAGACACUCGGAAGCAAGUACACCAUACUACCUAAAUCUCUUGAGUGAAAUCAAGUAUCAUGAACUGGUCAUGCUAGUCCUCCGACCCAACCCUAGGUUCCAGAACCCUGACAAGGCAUCCCUUCGAGAGUGCCUUUCUAGCGCCAUAACCUGCAGCGAGCUCUACCACCAACUGUACAUUGCCAAUUCCCUCCAUUAUGGGUGGAUUAGUGUCCAUUCCCUUUUUUUGUGCUUAAUGGUCAUGUUCUACUGUGUUUGGACCCCCCACGGAAUUGCCGAGGAAGCAGAUCUUGACUCUCUGAUGCGGGCGUUAAAGUCUUCAUCCGACGUCCUCAGCGCUAUGGGCGAGUAUUGGCCCGAGGCAAAAAGAAGUCGCGAUGUUCUUGACCGUGUUUUAAUGGCAACUAUACGACGAUUUACUCACCACCACCGCUCCAGCAUAAUACGAAGCAGCCCUAUAUCCUCGGGCUCACAGGGUUCCAUGACUACUAUGCGAUCGCUUCUCCCCUCCGAUCACCCAGCCGAGGGUAGUAGCUACAUGGACCUGCCUUCGAACAGUGCCCCGCCCCUUCAGAAUGACGAUGCGGGCGUGGGUGAUGAUGAUGAUGAUCUAUUUGGUUUGAACUACGGAGACCCAGAGACUUCUUUCACGUCUGCAGAUGUACUCUCUCACUUCUUGGGCUCGGGUACAGAUGUGAUAAUGGGCGAUUCUUAUGAUUUCGAACAACUUGGGGACAGAGAUGGUCUGGGGUGGUUUGGCGAAAGUCUGCGUGAUUUUGGCCAUCCAUAUUAG